AUGGCAGAGAGGCGGACCAGAGGCAUGACCGGCUCGGUUCAGAGCCGGACCACAGCGGCCCGGGCCACUGCUAUAGCCGAACAACUGCACCAUGAGUGCUCCACACUGCUGGAGCUUUAUAGAAAGAAGGAGAGCUUCACCGCGGAGGAGACGGUGGCUGGCGGUGGCCUGGUGUCUGUCCCUCCUCUCUCAUCGCAGCUGGACACCAGGGACACGCUCUGGCGCCUCCACUCCGCUCUGCUACAGUGCCGCAGCUUGCUGGAGAGAGCCAUCGCCAAAGAGGAACAGGAGCUUGGUGGCGGGAAGAAGGGAGACUACGAGACCCAGAGGAAAAUCGUGAAGGACAGGCUCUCGCUUCUCCUAAUCAACACAGGAGAGCUCCUGAAGGCUGCAGGUGGCCCGGCGGUCCUCAGCCCUAAUUUGGAUGGCCUAGAGUUAGAGGGACCGAGCACCCUGUUUGAGCUGAAGCUUUGGGUUUGUCGGAUCUUCAGGGAGGUGGAGCACUGGACCAAGACGACCAUCACCACCUUGCAGGGCCUCCCCGAUGUCAUAUCCAAGGAGCGGGCAAGGAGAGUCAGGAGCACAAGGAGCGCUCGGAUACGUGGCUGCGGAAGGAAACGGAAAGGGACACCUGUGAAAGUCUUUGUUACACACACGGAGGAGGAGAGCGUGCCUGAACACAGCUUCAGCCCAGGUGAUCGUAAGGAAGCAGCAGAGAAUAAACGGCCAACACUGGAUGGACCUUUCUACAACACAGAGCCUGUGCCCCACAACUGUGGUCCAGUGGAGCUGGCUCAUGACAGAGACUCCACUGGAUCCAAGAUCAGCUCCUGCUCGGCCUCCACACCAGCUUCCACCGCCCCAACCCCAACACCACACCCUGCUCCUGCUCCCGCCACAGCAGCCUCGGCUCAGGCCCUGUCUCUGACUCCCGCGUCCACUGCUCCGGCAGCUCCAACAGCCUCUGCUCCGGCCCCAACGGCUAGCUCCUUCCCUCCCUCCCCUAACUGCCGCAUCCGAGAGGUCCACUGUGGCAGCCAGGUGCGGCUGGUCGUUAUUGCCAUCCGAGACAUCACCAAGGGGGAGGAGAUCACUGUGGACUACAGUUUGACCGAAUGGGGAGAGAACCUGGGUUUCCGUGGUACUGUGUCUCCAGUGCAACGCGAGUGUAACUCUGACACUGAGAAUAACAACAAUAUCAAAAAGGAGGAUGAGCCCCUCUCUCUGUCAGCUCAGCAGCGCCAACAACAGCAGCAGCAGGACUAUGUCACCCCCUCUUGGUCCCUAUCCCCCUCCUCCUCCCCCAUAUCCCACUCUGAUGCCAGUGACUCAGAUGCUGGGGAUGAGGACAACGCCAGUCCUCGUGGGCGUGCACUACGUCGCCGCAAGAAACGGCGCGGCAUCCCUUCAAAGAAAAAGACCCCCCAUCGCAUGCCACCUGGGCGCCCUUCACCAGUCUCGCCUGCCAGUGUUCCGCAUCACAACCGUCCGCUCUCUUUAUCCCACCCUCCGGCGCAGUCCUCCCCACCCUGCUCGUCUUCCUCGUCUCCGGUUAAGCCUGUGUUCAAAGCCCCGGCUCCACUCGGUGCCAACAGCACAAGCAACGUCAACACAAGUGUCCCUAGAGGAGGAGUGUCUAUAGACUCCAUGCGCCAAACCUCAGCCAACCAAUCCCCAACCUCCUCUGGAAGAACCUCCACCCCACCAAUGCUGACUCCUCCACGAGGACAGAAUGCAGUGCCAGUGUCUGUUCUUAAGAGGAGCCCACCCCCUGUGGCUGUGAUGCAGCCAAGGAAGGGAGCAAUGAGGAGGUUUAAGAAAGACCCACAGGUGGAGGAGGAAGAGGACGAAGAUGAAGAAGAUGUGGAGGUUGUGGAUGUAACGAGGGCCAAAGAGGAGGACGAUGUAGAGGUGGUGUAUCCGCAGUCCUACGGCACCAAGUUGGCCAAAGAGAUGGAGCCACCAAAAGAGGAGGAAGAAGUGGAAGAGGAGGAAGAAGAGGAAGAGGAGGAGGAGAAUGGAGUGAUGGAAGUGGACGAUGAGAGUGGUGCAGAGGAUAAAGAUAAGGACUUGCUGAGUGGGUCGGGGCGUCACCACUUGCUGCCCCUUCUCUCGUCCUUGUCCUCUCUGGUCCUGUACCUUCGUCGUCUCCAACACUCGGCCUUCCUGUCCUUGUCCCGGCAGCUGCAGUCAGCCGAGGCUUGGCGCCUUCUCUGCCACUCCAGUCUGGCUCUCCUAAUCCUGUACAACCGACGACGUGAGUGCGAGGUCUCCAAAUUGUCCAUUGCUGAAUAUCGUGCUCGCAUCACUCCCCAGUGCCCAGUGCCCGUCCCACCUGGUGCCCCUCCAGCUCUCACCCCACUGGAGGCCUCUCUGUCCCCCUUUGAACGCCUUGUGCUUCCUCAUCUCCCUAGAGUUGGAGUUCAGGGUAAACGGGGGCGAGUUCAGCCCCUCAUCCUCCCCCCUCACUGUGAGCCAUGUCUGGAGCUUUUACUGCAGACACGGCAAGAUGUAGGAGUCGACCCGGCAAACCCGUAUGUGUUUGCCAGGCCCUACCACUCCCCUGCCACACCACUGCGAGGAACUGAUCUCCUUCGCAGCCUGGCCCGCUCUAGCGGUACCCGCAAUCCCCGUGCCCUGACCCAGACCAGGGUUCGCCGCCAGGUAGCGAUCCUGACCCAGCUGCUGCUUCUGGGUGAAGGAGAGGAGCCUGGGCAGCCAGGAGGCAGCGCUGUGGAGAGGCUGGAGCACUUCCUCGAGAGGGAGUACCAUGUGACACAGAGCUGUGCCGGAAUUGGCCAAGACCCAGGCCUGAUGGGCAGAGUUGGCCGAGUCGUGCUUUGUGGAGAGAGAGAUGGAGUCCUGUUCAGAGGAAUGAGCCUGAACCACAUCUGCCUGGAACUGGAUGUUAUGUCAGGGAACUCUGCAGACUCAUACUCAGAGGGAGAGUCUGAUGGGGAGCAGGUAAAGGAGAAGCCAGAGGUACCCUCCCCUGCUCCUACUCCAACUCCUACACCUACCCUGCUCUAUGUCAGGAAGGGCAAGAACAAUGGGCGGGUGGGACGACCAAAGAAGCUCAAGAACACCCAGCCACCCCCUCUGCCUCCUCCGCCCCAACCUAUCAACCGCAGGAGAGGCUCAGGUCAGCUCACAUCAGGUAAGCGAGGCGUCCUAAAGCGUCCCUGGUCAGAGGCGGAGCGCGCAGCCGUCGAGGAGCACCUGACCCGAAACAUCACCGAGCUCCGAGUCCCUGCAAAGGCCGACUGCGAGCGCUGCCUGCAGCAGUGCCCCCUACUGGUCAGCAACCACCGCGACUGGCGUGCCAUAAAGUUCUACUGCCACAACCGCAUUCAGUUGCUGAAGAAGAACCAGCGGCGUGACAGCGACCCACAGCCACUCACAGUCUGCUGAGAGGGGGCAUCUGAGCGAGGGAGGAAGGGAGGGAGGGGGGUAGAUGAGCUGAUCAGAACAGAUUCUCAAAUGGUACCCUGCUGCCCAGGAAAUGCACUAAUUUUGAGAGGACGGUCAUAAAUUUCACUCUACUCUCCUGGUAGCGUGGUUUGUGUUUUUAAACAUGGUUUCUAAUUUGACUCCUGAUGGCAUUUUUAUUCUCAGCCAAACAAGAACAGAAAUUCCGAUUUCCGCUGCUCUACUUUAAGGUCUUAAAAAUGACACUAGAGUCUUUAGGGUGCUCCUGUUUUCAGGGUUACAGUUCAAGUCUGGUCAAAAGCAGUGCACGUGGAUGGGUGCCGUUUGAGACAUGCCUUUGGGUACUUCAGUGACCACGCUACUGCCCGCAGCCUGUGUUGUGUUGUGAAUGUUUUUUUUCCUCCUUCCAAAGUGGAUGGACACUAAACUGAAAUGUAAACAAGGGAGGAGACUGAGCCCUACAGUGUUGUUAUAUGAACGUCGUGAAGUAGCAUUAGCGUUUCAUGCACUUGGAGACGUCAACAGGACAAAUGGCCUUAGUCUGGGCCACACUUUUCCUUAAUAGUGGCUUUAUAUGAUUAGAAUAGGCCUAACUAAUGCUAACCUAGAAGAAUAGCCCAAUCUUUCCUCGAACAAGCUAGUUCUUCUUUUCAUACAUCUGACUCUGCUAUUCUGACUGUGGUUCCAUUAUAUUUGGACCUCAAGGUACUAGGUGACGAAUGAGUUACGCUUUUGCAGUUACAAUGAAGUUUGUUCGUUUUAUUUACUGAAACAUAACCCGUUUUUUUGAGUUGCGGGUUUCAUCACAAAGAAAAUUUAAUGGCAUCAGAAUGUUGUGAAGUUACUGUUGAAUACCUAAGAUGUUUAGUUCAACCACAAAGUCCAAGAAACUUACUCUAUAAACUGUUGUCCUUGUCCUUUCCCCCAUUUCCCCCAGAUGAACAGUGUGUUCAUAUUUCCUAUUGUAUGUUGUUUUUUCUGCCUGUUGCACAUUUGUUUUUCAGAGAAGUAAAAAAAGGUGUUAUAGGCCAAUAAGCUGGAUACCACUUUGUAUGUGGAGAAGAUAUUCUCCAGGUAGUGUUUCAAAGUUUCUUAAAAAAUAAGUGGGCAUUUAUCAUAGAAGUGAUCGUUCUGUGUUGCCACAUUUGUUUCGUCGUCUGUGUCGACUUUUCCAAUGGCUAGAGCUCAUCCUGUACUUUUCCCGGCCACACUACACAGUUUGCAGCUCGACCAGAUUUUUUUGGUUUCUGGAUAUCUGCAUUCAUUGGACUAAAACCUCCACGAAACCUCAAGACAGAUACUUGAAGUUAUUUAAAACUUUUUGCAGAAUCUUUAUGUUCCUUCUUGCUCUAGCCUUGCCAGUUACGUUGUACAUAACAAAUAUAUUAUCAUUAUGCUAACUGGUUGUUUGUGCUAGAAUAUAUGUAGCUUUUUUUUUUAAUCCAUUUCUGAGUUAUUGCUAUCUGUACAUAAGCCUAUUUGUAAAUACUCCUCAGAGAAACAAAGAAAAAACACAAUGUAUGACAUGCCUUCGUUAUUGUGUUAUGUUUUUUCUUUUUUAUAAGUCUUAUAAAAAUUUAAA